CAGAGCUGUCAUUUGUCGCGAGUACCUGAUUCAACUCAACAGACCAGUUCAAUGUAUAUGUGGGUGUGUGUUGUGUACACUCUGCUACAGAGAUCAACGUGGAUGUAGUGCACACAAGAUACGGUCCACACACGGUGCUAUCAAUAGCACGGCCAACAGCCUAGCAAGUUGCCUUGUUCUAAUGAACGAAGGACAGUGGGAUCUAGAUCGUGUUGACAGUGAUGCAUAUAAGACUGAGCGGGAUGUAAACAUUCAUGUGCAGGCCCUGACACAAGCGGAGCAGCCUCCUGAUAUUGCCAAACUACAAGAUGCCUUCAAUCGGCUUAUCACCACGGGUGACACUAUGUGCUUCAAGUACUGGCUGAACGAAGCACUCCCAGAGGACGUCGCCUACAGAUAUGUGUGCAUCCCACACGUGCAAGGCUUCUGGGAUCACAUUGUGGUGGGAACGAAACAUCAUCCUGCCACGGAGAAGCUGGUCGGCCAUGAUGAUCACCUGCCAAAGUUGUUCAACGUCUGUCUCGGCUCAUACAGAUUUCACUGGUGUUGCUUUGUGUUAAAGAAGCAGAUCGUCUUGGCUAUGUGGUGCAUAUCGGUUCCCAAACAAGGACAGCCUAAAGUGUUUACUCUUGUUGACACUGCACUGAGAAGCAUUACCACAAGCACAGAAUUCAAGAGCAUGGUGUUCUAUCUCUCUAGAUGGUUUACUGCUCAGUAUGCGUCACCCCCGGGCAGGCAGCUGCAUGUAGUAUUGGACUGUAAACCGUCUGAGGGUUCAAGUGUGGUCCACAUUAUAGCUUUGCUGGCCUCCAGGAGUGGGAUGGACUCUGUCGCCCUUCCACAACCUCACCAGCGAGCCAAGAGUGAUAUGCAGUACACAUUUUGCCGCAAACAUGCAAAUGUUAUGUUCACGUGCCCAGGCAAUGACUCAGGGAAUAGUAUCAAUAUUGUUGAAGAGUUCAACCACUAUCACAAUGAAGGACUUGCCUGUACUGGCCUUACACGUGUUUACACUACCUCCGAGUUGUACUAUGGAAGUGCUGUCUAAGGGUCCUAUGUGAAAGGACAAUCCUACCUCUCAAGUAUUACAGCUAUCUUUAAGUGCUGUCUAAGGGUCCUAUGUGAAAAGACAAUCCUACCUCUCAAGUAUUACAGCUAUCUUUAAGUGCUGUCUAAGGGUCCUAUGUGAAAAGACAAUCCUACCUCUCAAAUAUUACAGCUAUCUUUAAGUGCUGUCGAAGGGUCCUAUGUGAAAACACAAUCCUACCUCCCGAGUGAGUAUUACAGCUAUCUUUACGUGCUGUCGAAGCUAUGUGAAAACACAAUCCUUUUACAUCACUGGAACCUGUUAUACUCUAUCUAUCUAUCUAUCUAUCUAUCUAUCUAUCUAUCUAUCUAUAUCUAUAGAUAUAGAUAUAUGCUGAAGAAUAUACAGAUAUAUAGACAUCUAGAUAGCUAUAGAACAUAGCCGUAUGUGGUGGUUUUAUAUUAUGCCUUUUUUUGUACUAUUAUGCUAUUUCUACUAUUAUACCUUUUGUUUUACUAUUAUGCCAUUUCUACUAUUAUACCUUUUGUUUUACUAUUAUGCCAUUUCUACUAUUAUGCCAUUUCGAUAUUGUCAUUUGUAUAUUAUGCCUUUCCCUUAUGACAUGUCUUUAUAUAUACACAAUCUCGAGAUGACUAUCAUUCCUUUGCAAUUCCGUGUGUACUGUCAA